AUGCAACGAUAUCAAUACGUUCAACCAGCUUCUCCAGGCUUUUCUCCGCCUCCUCAAAGACCAUCAUUACCAAAUGGAAGUCUGAAUAGCAGUCAAAGAACAUUAAAUAGAAACAGACAAUCAAUCAUCUCUGGUGAGCGAUAUCCUGGAGCUCAAUCAAGUUUAGAUGAUGAAACAUUGGCAGCAUCUUCUUCACGUUCAAAGCUUUUGGGUGAUAAAGGAGUAGGAAAGACCGAUUCAAUCGGGAAAGAUGAUGAUGAUUUUGACGAUUAUGGACAUUCACGUGGUUAUCGUGAAAGGAGUAGUGGGAUAAUUUCACUCAGAGGCUGUUUAAACCUUACAACCCUCUUGAUAAUCUCUUGUGGUCUUUUGAUGUUAUUUGCCGGUUAUCCAAUUUUGGAGCAUUACAGAAAGCAUGAAGCAUCAAAAUUAGGCGCUUAUAAUCUUGGAGGAACAAAUGGUACCGGUCAAGUUCCAGUAAUUCAUAGCCGUCUUUCUUUAGUAGACAAAGAUACACCACGAAAUGCAAGAAGAUGGACAAGCCCAAUCAGUGGUGAAAGAUUCCAUCUGGUUUUCUCUGAUGAAUUUGAAGAAGAAGGAAGAACGUUUUGGCCAGGAGAUGAUCCUUUUUGGGAAGGCGUAAAUAUUUGGUACGGUGCAACGGGGGAUUAUGAAUGGUAUUCGCCUGAACAAAUCAAUACGACCGGAGGAGCAUUACAACUUACAAUGGAAGCCAAACCGUUGAACAAUCUAAAUUUUCGUUCGGGCAUGUUGCAAUCAUGGAACAAAUUUUGCUUCACAGGUGGAUACAUUGAAUUUUCUGCCAUUUUACCAGGCGCACCAACAGAGGUAGGAUGGUGGCCAGGUUUAUGGCUUCAAGGUAAUUUGGCGAGACCAGGUUAUUUGGGAACGACUGAUGGAAUGUGGCCAUACUCUUAUAAUUCUUGCGAUUCAGGUAUUUUGCCUAAUCAAACCGCUCCUGGUCGUCCAGGUUAUUCGACUGUGACCGGAUACGAAUACAACGAUGGUAAAGUUGGAUUGAAUUGGAAUAACGGUAUGCGUACUCCUUCUUGUACAUGUUCAGGUGAAGAUCAUCCUGGACCAAAUAACAACGUAGGAAGAUCAGCUCCUGAAUUGGAUAUUCUUGAAGCACAAAUUCGUGCGAAGUCUGUCGGACAAGCAUCACAAUCUUUGCAAGCAGCACCAUUCGAUCCUGGUCACGAUUGGAGAACAAACUUUUCCGAGAUUUAUGAUAGCAGCGUGACCACCUACAACAGUUUUACCGGAAAUGUUUAUCAGUCCACGAUCAGUGGUGUUUCCACUAUUCCCGAUACUGCCUACCUACGAACAGGUAACCGAUUCACAACAUUUGCGUUGGAAUAUACGCCCGAUUUCUCCCAACGGGGAAGAGGAUCGAUCACUUGGUAUAUUGAUGGAAAGGCAACAUGGACAAUGUCUGAAUCAUCCAUCGGUCCAAGACCAGAGAUUGAUAUGGGACAAAGAUUGAUUCCAUUAGAAGCUUUGAGUAUUGUGAUGAACUUUGGUAUCUCACGUGGUUUUCAAGCUGAUUUGGAUUUUGAUACCCUUCAAUUUCCUGCAACGAUGAAAAUUGAUUAUGUUCGUGUCUAUCAAUUAGACUCGGAACCAGAAGACAGAGUAUCUUGCAGUCCACCAGAUUAUCCUACAUCGGAAUAUAUCGAACGUCAUAAGGAAGUUUAUAUGAAUGCAAAUUACACAACUUGGCCCAAAGCGUGGCCUAAGAAUACACUAGUUGAUGGUUGUUAA